GAGUGCCUGUGUGUGUAUGUGUAUGUGUAUGUGUGUGUGUGUGUGUGUGUGUGGGUGUGUUAAUGGAUUAAAAAGUUGACAAGAUCAUUUACAGACGCAUCUCGAAGUGGGAAUUUAAAAAAAGCGACUCAGGAACAACUUAUAUCUUAAAGCAGGAAACAUGGACUGCAAGGAAGAAAUCAGUGACUCGGACAGUGGGAUCAUCUUAAAUUCUGGUCCAGACAGUCCUACAUCUCCUGUGAAGGACCUCAGCACUCACACACGGGUCAUUAGGCUGAAGCACCAGGCUCUGGAGGACAGACUGGAGCUGUGUCUUCUGGAGCUAAAGAAACUAUGCAUCAGAGAAGCAGAACUUACAGGAAAGUUGUCAUCUGAAUAUCCUUUGCUGCCGAAUGAGAAACCACCACAGAUCAGGCGACGUGUUGGAGCGUCCUUUAAACUGGAUGAAGGGCUGCUUCCUCAUGGGAAUGGAGAGAAAUCAGAGUUGCAUUCACUUGAGGCUGAUUUGGCCCUCCAGCGACAGAUAUAUGAAGCAUCCCGAAGGCUGUCUCUUGAGGAAAAUAUCAGCAAGCCGGUAAGGAAGAGCCGACUGCAGCAAUGCAAACACGAGGAAAAGAAAAUGAAGGAGCUCCAGGAAGCUGUGAUGAAACACUGCAUUAACCAGAGCUGUAUUUCACCAAAGCCCUGCCGUUCCUCCAGACAGAGAGAUCUGUGCAUAUCUGAUGACAGCUCACUGUCUGAUGCUGCUGCCCAUGAUGAUGAUUUAGAGCCAGGCCCAUUGUCCCCGAUGACUCUAGACUCUGGGAGUAGUUUCCAGCAUGUACUGACCCUUUCGCCUCAUCAUGGAUCAAAGCAUGCAGGUUCCAGAUCCAGCCUAGAAUACAACCGAUCUCCAAUCCAAAAUAUUCCAUGGACAGAAUCCAGUCUGGAUCAGCCAUAUCAGAAACACAAGAAGCUUCCCUCUGCCAGCAGCAGCAGGUCAAGCAGUCCAACAGGAAGCUCUAUAGAUCAGAGACUGGAUGACAUUCCUCCUGCUCCACAGUUCGUGUUCAAAAGCCUGGCAAUGCGCAACAAUAACUCCAGCAGCACCCCGUCUACCCCAGAACUGCCGCUGCGCCGCCACAUCUCCCAGUCCUUCAGGUUUCCCAGAACCAAGCCAGAGGUAAACAAACCGAGUUUAGAUCUGAGCCGUGGAAGGACGAAGCUCCCGCGUCGCCGGGUCACUGACUUUGCAUUAGCUUACUCAGUGCAGCGUCUGUAUCAGUGCAGCUCAGAGGACAGCAGCUCGGAGCACUCCAUAUCCUCCUACAGCAGCUCAUCCAGCCAUGAGUUAACUUCUGAGCUGACCAAAGCUUGCCCACCUCCUUACGGUUUUCACUGCACCACUCCAAACAACUCCCAGGGCCAGCGCUCCACCAACAACAUCCUUCCCAAAAACAACCAAACUGUAAACAAACAAAUUAACAAACCCACUGUGACCAGCCCAUGUCAAAAUAAUAGCUAUGACAGGAUGCUGCCAGAGAGAGAUAUUAGAAAGCUAAACCUGGAUUUGACAUCUCUACAUACAAAUAAACAGCAAAUAGAGGUGACGUCACCUAAGCGUUUACUUAAACCACCUCCACCGUACCAUAGGCUGGCACGCACACCUUCACUGAAGGAGUAUCCCAAUCAUCCUAGCAGGCUGCUUCCUCGAGAUGUUGUCACAAACGAUCUCAGGGCAUGGCAUGAGAGGAACAAUGUGGGUGAAAUCAAGUUUCUGCCACUGGAACGACAUGGGUCUAUGCGUGCUAAACGCACACCAGAUCAAGAGCCGCCACCAUACCACCAGAUCCAGUCUCAGAGACAGACUCCUCAGAAAGUGAUCCUCCAGAGAGCUCCUGAUGGAACUCCUCUGCAGUGGUAUGAAGAAGAAGACUGUGAGAUUGUAAGCCAGGUCUAGAAGCCAGAGAGCUGAAGCAUCUUUUGCCGUUGUUGAUGUCAUUAAUACAAUGGACUCAGUGAUGCUGUCUGAUAGUAAAAUGCUGAUUUGGAGUAAAAUGUGAAGCUGAGCCAAAUUGAUGUGGCACAGAUUUUCACCAACUGUGGAGUCCUUCAUCACUUAAACACUGACUGAAAUUCAAGUCUGAAAAUUACUUAACUGUAAGGCAUCAUGCCAUAAUUUCUGUGAUGAUGAUGAUAAUAAUGGUUAUUAUUAUUAUUAUUAUUAUUAUUAUUAUUAUUAUUGGUCCAUGUGUACAUUCACUAUUUCUUAAAAAAAGUCUCCUGAAAAGUACCUUUUCAAGUAUAUGUUGUGUCUGGUACACAGUUUUCUAUUCCCUACUGUUUUGGAGCACCAAUUGUUUAAUAUAAUGUAAUACAUUAUGUAUUAAUAUAAUAUUUAUGUUCUUUUUACUUUUCUAAAAUUAUUCUCAGUGUAUUUCUUACACCUUUUACGGUUUCUACAUUUAAAUAUUGUUAGAUGCUGCUAUGCUGUUCAUCUGUUUUAUAAACUGCCUGCUAGAUUUUAUGAGUGCAGAUAUUUCCCUUAUUCAGAUGUGUUAAAGCAGCAAUUCCUCCCUAUAAUAUAUAUUUGUGUACUAACAAUGUAAUGUGUAUUUAAUCUUAUUUAUAAUAAAAUAUAUACUAUGCUAUAAGAA